UCCACAUCAUUGUCAUCAACAUUGCCAUCGUCAUCGUGUUUGUCGCCGCCCUCGUCGUCAGCGCCACCAUCAGCACUGGCCCGCCUGAGACAUGGAUCUGCAUGAUAAUGUUCCUCGCGUCACUACGCUGAUUGCGUUUUGCCACCAACGUGCGAAGGGGUGGGUGCAAUGGUUGCCCCGUUAUUGGAAUGAACGACCAUGUGUUGCCCAACGUACACUGCGUCACAUACAUUGUACCGUACCGUUUGCAGCGUGUGUGACAAUCACACACAGGUAGCACCGUACACAUGUUGCAUCACAGAUUCAGGUCAUCGAGAGUGCAAUUGCCCACUGCUUGGGGUCCACUCCAAGAACUCGUUUCAUUAUAAUUGGCCUGGUGGUGGUUCUCAUUGUUGGGGCAGUUGGUCCUGGAGGGGCGGGGUCUCCAUGGUCUUGCUGGUUUUUCGUUCCGACAUGAUUUGGCUGGUGGGGUACGUUGCGGCCGCUACCGCAGCCGGCACACAGUUGGAUCGAGGUCGUUUUCCGUUAAUAUAAAUUCUUCUGUGGAAGAUUUGUAUUCCGACCUCGAACAGAUGUAUCCAGUGGCGGCGAGUUUCAAAUGGGAAGGGAGACGCCCCACGCGCCGCACGUUCAUUGCGGUAAUAGGUCGCCAGAAUGCAGGGAAAUCAGAGUUGAUAAACAGGCUGUCAGGUGGACAGCAUGGGUAUGAUGUGAUUCGCAAGGUUGGUCAAGAGGAGAUAGACAGGAGUUUGACAUUUGUGGAGCGUGUCCAAUUGCACGCUGCGGAGGAAGAUCUGGGGCCUCGUGAGACUCAAGCGCGGUAUAAGGACGAUCUUAAUUGGACAGACAUUCCACCGAAUGACAAUCUCCAUUACAACACAAAUAUCCGGCAUAGCUAUCAAGAAGGCGAUGGCGCAGCCACCAUCAGUACAGUUUUGUUGGAUACCAGAGGAAUCCGGUCAGAUGACGAGGUGGGAAAACAUGCUGAAACUCUUGACGAAAGCGUGCUUAGGUUCAUAUUUCGGCAGUGCAGGUUGAUAUUCAUAUUGGUUCCAGUCCACAGCUUGCGUGGACUUAAAGGAGAACUGAAUUAUCUGGAAAAAGUGCGAUUGAAGUCGCUGGGUUUGUACGAACCAAGUGAAACGUCAGAGGACAGCGCGCAGCGAAUCCAGAGAAUAUUGGCAGAGUACAGACCAACUAUGAAAGAGUCGUGCGUGAAUCAGAUCAAUAGUCUUUUCAAGACUAUGCGAUCUGCUGUCCCCACUGGAUCCAAGCUUCCUGCGAAACCAGUCCCGCAGGGGGCGCAGGUCUGGGAGAACGUCAGAUUCGUAAUUACCCAAAUGGAUCUAGCCGACGCAAGUGAUCUCAAGAGCGUCUACUACGACACUGGGCGGUCGUUGGAGCGUUUUCUAGUACAUGCUCCGCACCCCGACCAGGUGUGCUGGAUCUCUGUUGGCAAGCCGGGGCGUCCAGUGAGCAACGAGUACGACCUUCCUAAGCUGCAGGGUCUGAUGAGAGACGCCAGCGGCUCGACGGACGUCGCAAAUCUGGAGUUAUUGAUUAAUUUGUGCGAUUUCGUGGCGGAGAAGGCGUGGGGGCCGUGGAACUGGAACGCACGGAGGCGUGCUCGCGCCAUGAAGGCCAAGUGGGCACGACAUUGCUAAGGGCGUCUGGCCGAGCAGGCUCCUGUUGUACACUUGCAGUUUCCGCACCGACCGGGUCGGACGCGGUCGCCUCUCAGGAGCGGCGAAUGUGAAGGUAUCCAUAUCCACGCCAUCGCGGUCCGGAUUCUGGGGCGCGAUCCCGUGAAUUCGCGGACGCACGGAUACGUUCCGCGCGGAGUAUCCGCGAACAAGGAGCGCCUCGUAUCCACGGGGUCGUAGCCCAGGGGCUCGGCCCGCGCGGCCGUGGACACGGACAUGUGCUCCUCCCGCGAGACGCCGCCCCGUCUCUGUCGGACGCAGCCGCCCCAUGGUGGGUGCCUGGGAGCACUCGGACGAUGCCCCCUGGGCGCGCCUGUCGCUUAGCCGCGCGCGGCGCGCACCUUCGUGCGAGGGCUGCCUGUCUGGGUGUGUGGUGCGGCAUCGCCCGCCACAUUCUGCCAUUGUCACCCUCGCCCUCCGCAUUCCCCUCCGGCCCAGCCUCCACCUCGUCUUUCCCUUGCCUCCCCCUGUCUCCCCAUCCUGGGCAGACCUUCUCUUCCGCCUCGGCCUGUGUUCCUCGUCCUCUUCUCCACCCGCUGAUGUCGGGAAUGUCUUAGACGCUGCCGGCAAAACGAAGGUGUAUUGUGCAUGGCAAGUUUGCAGAGAGGAGGAAUGGGCCAG